AACAUCGUCUCUUCAUUAAAAGCCUUUGGAACUGUGGAUAUAGAGAAGUCAAAAAACUCAAAAAAAUUACUGGAUUUCCUAGCAAAACACUUUAUAAAUAAACUGCCCAGCUUUCUAGAACUGGAGAUUUGA